AAAAACGGUCAGCUUUUUUUUUUCUUCACUUGAGUAGUCGAUCUAUCGCCUGGUUGUGAGAUGCUGCUCUGCGGAUGCGGAGUCACGAAGAUGUGGUGAAUGUUAUAUUCUGGAAUAUCGUUGAGCAAACUUGCUAUGGCAUACUGACAGACCUAAAUUUACAGUUAGACGUAUACACUGAAUCUCGACGAUGUAUCUGCCUGAGGACAACACGUUGCCCUUUGAUGCCGGCAAUGUGGCCCCAUCUCUUCAUGUCCCUCCACCCAAGUUCAACGAUGAUCAGCAAGGGGACAGCCAAGAAAAGAAGAAGAAGUGUGACUCGCACAUCGACAUUGAUCUCCUCAAGAGUAAAUCCUUUUACUUCCUGUUCUAUGGUGCAUACGGCAGUCUCUACCCACUCUUGGCCGUCUACUUCAAACAGCUUGGUUUGAACGCAUCCCAGAGUGGUCUUCUCAUAGGAAUACGUCCAUUCAUCGAGUUCUGCGCUGCUCCACUGUGGGGCGGUCUUGCUGAUUCCUGGCGCAAGGCCAAGGUGCUGUUCCUCUUCUCACUCUUUGCUUGGCUCCUCUUCACCGAAGCGAUGGCUUUCAUACGACCUGCUGGCUCCAAGUGCAUCAUCUUCAAUCGAACCGAUGAUAACGGUCACGACAUCAUCGUCGUUGACCAAGUCGUCCAUGAUGGCGUGCAUCACUACGUGUACGGCCCCAGAGACCACGACGAGGAUGAUGGGACAGUCGUCGGCCACCAAUCGGACAUUGACCAACCAUUCCGUACAGAUGAAACAAGCCCUGUUAUUGAGAAUCCUUUGGGAGGUUCAUACAAGCUUCUCAACAAAUCCAUCGGGACAGAAGAGCCUAUUCGUCGAUUACCGUCAGGGACUACAAGUGUGAAGUUCAUCAGCGAUGACAUCCGUGGUGUCUUCCUGCUCCUCCUCAUCAUCAUUGUCGUCGGCGAGUUUUUCAGCUCACCCACCAUCACCCUAGCAGAUUCGGCUACGCUAGGCUACCUUGGUAGUGACCGUUUGGAGUACUACGGUCAGCAGCGGAUGUUCGGCUCUCUGGGGUGGGGUAUCUUCAUGCUGAUCAAUGGCAUCCUCUUAGACCACACAGCUUCCCACACCCAUGACUGUGAGGGGGCGCAAGUACAAGAGGUUAAAAGAAACUAUUACAUCUGUUUCGGUACCUAUGCUGUACUCCUCACAUGCUCCUUCUUCGUGGCUACUCAGUUCAAGUUCAAGUAUUACUCAGAUGAUGACCAUAAGACAGAGAUGUCAAAACUGACCUACAACAAGCAGAAGGGUCAGGUCAGCAUUGGCGAUGAAGGUCGUACUCCUGCGACAUACGGUUCUGUCGCCACCCAACCCGACCAAGACGGGACCGACCCUACCUCGUCAACAGCUGAGGGCGGUCAAACCACCAGUGAUGGCCCCUCUGACACGAGGGAUUCCUCACAUGACACCAGCGUCCCCACCACCAGUGGUGCUCUGACCCCUACCGAGGCACACCAGGAAGACCCUGCUGGUAUCAGACAGGUGUUUCGUAUGUUCGCCACCAUCCGCUACGGUUCUGUGCUCUUUUUGGCCUGGUUUGCAGGAUUUGGUAUGGGACUUCUCUUCACCUUCCUCUACUGGCAUCUCCAGGAUCUUGGAGGGCCACCGUCCCUCUUCGGUCUUGCUUCAGUCGUCAACCACGUCUCAGAGAUACUUGCAUACUUUUUCAGCCACAAGAUACUUCAUGCGAUCGGCCAUAUUCCUGUGUUCUGUCUGGGCUUGUUCUGCUAUGCUAUCCGUUUCCUUGCAAUCUCUGUCCUCAUUAACCCAUGGUGGGUUCUCAUCGUGGAAACCCUGCAAGGUUUGACCCAUGCACUCAUCUGGGCAGCGUGUACAUCUUACAUCGGUCUAGCUACAUCUCAACGGCUACGAUCAUCCGCCCAAGGUAUUCUACAAGGAACCCAUCAUGGACUUGGUAGAGGGUGUGGCGCCAUCUUCGGUGGACUGCUUGUCAAUGCUUUUGGUACGGAGCAAACAUUCCGUGGCUUCGGUGUCGCUUCCCUCGUUGUCCUCGUCAUCUUCUUGGCCAUGCAGUAUCAGUCAUACAACAACCCUAAAUCAGAUCCGUCAUCAUCCACCGACCCGACAUCGUCCGGUAAGGCGAGGUCGUCAUCACUGAACCGCGACGAAAUCCAACCCGUCCUGACUGCCGAAGACGUCACUCCCAUCCCGUACUCUGAGAAACGCGACGAAACCGUCGAUGAUGACGGAGAGCGAGAUCUUGAGCUUGGAGAAGGAGGAGGGUUCGACGACGGGAGAGCUCUGGCGCAAGAAGUCGGUCAGGACAGCACAGGUGGAGGCGAAUUUUAAUCAUGUCCGAGAUUUUUUUUCCAGUUAAUUUAAACAAAUUUAGAUUGUUGAAAAUAUUACUUGAUGUAUACACAGCAAAUUAUAAUGUAACUAAGGUCUUUUAAAAUACAGAUCCUAAGAAACCGUCUUAAAAUGGAAAAUGGAGUAGAGUGCUCAGUUUGGGAAACAUAAUGAUCAAAAUGAAGAUGAGACACGAGACACAACCGACAAUAUGUUUGUGUUUGACGCUAUUCAGUAAAGCAAGUCAGUUUUAAUCGUUUGAUGGUUUCACCAUGGUCUCCAUGCACACCAAAAAAUCCUUCUUUUUGCAGAAAGUUAACAAUACAAAUUAUAACUGAAUUUCAAAGUUCACGGAAAUUGCAGUCGAUUUGAAAUGGGAUUUGAAACGUCUGAUUGUUUGUGAAAGCUAUGCUCCAACUAGCACCAGGGAGACAAAUUAACUUUUAAACGUUUUUUUAAAACACUGUUUGAGUUCAACCCGCCAUGUAUCAAGAUAUAAUGUUUUAAUCCCACUUUCAUAAGUGACUUCAAUAUAAGGUCAGACUCUAUUCCUGUAACUGUUAAUAAUUGUAUGCCAACAUUUUCUUUUGAAUUUGUUGGUUUGUUUAUUUCCCCUGAUUUUUGUCAUUUCUUACCAAAGACGGGAAGUACAUUUAUGACACAAUCAAUUUUCCAGGCAUCACUGUACUUUUAUUGUAAAAUAAUGUGUAUACUAUAAAGUUUGAAAACAAAUGCUAGAUAGAAGAAAAAGGUAUAUGUGAUAUGAGUAUAGUAGUGGCCUCAACCUCCCCAUGCAAAGUAGUAUAGCCCUCUUGUGCUAUUCGUAGCAGUAUUAUUUGGCUGUCUUAUAUUAAUAUCAGAUUCUCAUGUAGAUUCGUAAAAUAUAAUGAUAUAGAGAGUGAAAUGUACAUAAUUAAAAGUGCCACUAUGCUUUAUUUUUGAAAAAAGAAAAAGAGAAAUAUGUAUAACAAUGGAUGUAAAAUGGUCACUGUAUGUAUUUCAAAGUAUUGUUGUAUAGGUUUAUAUAAGUAGUAUAGCAAUUCGUAAAUCAAUGAUGCAAGUAGUAGAUACAUGAAGUAGUAGAAACAUGAAGAUUUAAGGGAAGAUGGGUAUUGUGAUUUUUAAAUUGGAUAGUAAGUAACAGGCAAAUCCUUUAUAACGAAGUACCUGGAAGUGCGAACAGAUUUUCGCUUUGUAGGCGACAUUAUAAUAAUAACCCUAACCCACAUUUUAACCAGGACGGGAGGGAGAGGGGGGGGGGGGGGGGGUUAAUGGGAUAACAAAUUACAGACAGAGCCCGUCUUACAAAGAGUUGAUAUCAAUCGCAACUAUGUACAUUAGAGAUAAGAGACUUCAAACUUGCAAUUAAUUUGGAUCAAUCGCAACACUUUGUAAGACGGAGCCCAGGACGUUAUUCUCUUGAUUUAUAUCAGGACUGUGCUCUGAUAACUGUCCCCUGAUGACUAUCCCCCAAUCAGUUGAAGGGAUAACUUUUUUUUGUCCUAAAAUUUUAAACUCCACAAAGCGACUUCAUUGUAACAGGGUUUGCCUGCAGGAGUUCAAUGUUAUAUAUCGGAAGCUUUAUCAAAGAACAGCAUUGACCUAUAUCAUAAUGAUAAGCCCCAUCUUGAUUGCCGUUCAUACAAGCUUAAUAGUGAAUCAUUUGAAAGAAAUAUAUUAUGUACAAUCGUAAAAUUAUCCAGGUCAUUUCGUGCACGUGGAUUUGGCUUAUUUGGGGAAUUUUUGUGUGAAUGAUUAUUGCGAAAGUGACAUCCUUGGUAGUAUUCAGCGCUUCCGUCAGAUAUUUAGCGAUGCUGGUUUUAUGAUUUUACUUGUGAAACGCCAUGCUAAAGAAUUGUUAAAGGCACAAGCUUGGGAUUAAACCAUUAGCACUAGAGAAA